GUGCUGUUGCUGCUGUCGCUGAGACUUCGAGAGAUUCGAGACGGGUGCUUGUUCAACACUUUAUAUCCCCAUCCAUCUCACUCACCCUGCUCGAGGAGUCGGCCUGUCAACCAACCCAUCCCUGAAGAGCAAUCAUGUCGACCUUGGACGUGAAGGAUAUCGAGAAUGGACCGGGUCGCCGGGUCGAAGAAGAUGGAGGCAUGUGGGAGAAUGAUAUAGUGAAGACACCUUCCGUGGAGAAGGAUCCCUUUGGAAAUGAAGCUGUUGGAGAGGUUCACUAUAAGACUCUCGACUGGUGGCAAUCUGGAAUGCUGAUGAUCGCCGAGACUGUGUCACUGGGUGUUCUGUCUCUUCCCGCCACCGUGGCUGAGGUUGGCUUGAUCCCUGCUAUCAUCCUCAUCGUCGGCAUGGGCAUCAUCGCCACCUACUCUGGCUAUGUCAUUGGACAGUUUCGGGCCAGAUAUCCCUUCAUCCACAGCAUGGCUGAUGCCGGUGAGGUCUUGUGCGGCCGCUACGGUCGCAUGUUCACGGAAUUCGCUCAGCUGGUGUUCUUCAUGUUCGCGUCGGGUAGUCACUUGGUGACCUUCACUGUCAUGAUGAACACCCUUACCAACCACGGAACCUGCUCUGUCGUGUUUGGUGUUGUCGGUUUGGUGCUUUCCUUCGCCUGCUCUCUUCCUCGUACCAUGAAGAACGUCUCAUGGCUGGCCGUGACUUCCUUCAUCAGUAUUUUCUCGGCCGUCUUGAUCACCAUGAUUGGAGUUGCUGUUGAACACCCGCACCCCGCGCCCAUGGAGCUCACCCGCUCGACUUCUUUCGUCAAGGGCUUCUCAGCUGUCACCAACAUUGCUUUUGCCUACUGCGGUCACCCUGCCUUCUUCGGUUUCAUCGCCGAGAUGAAGGAUCCCAAGGACUUCCCCAAGUCCCUCUGCAUGUUGCAGGGCUUUGAAAUCGUCUUCUACACGGUCGCAUCCGCCGUCAUCUAUCGCUACGCCGGUCAGAACGUCACCUCCCCCGCCCUGGGCUCCGCCGGUAUUGUCGUUCGUAAGGUCGCCUAUGGCAUUGCCAUUCCCACCAUCGUCAUCGCGGGUGUCGUCCUGGGACACGUUGCCAUCAAGAACGUCUACGUCCGCCUGUUCCGCGGUACGGAUGUCAUGCACAAGCGCAGUGCCCUGGGUGUCGGUGCCUGGAUUGGUCUCGCUGCGGGCUACUGGAUCAUCGCCUGGGUGAUUGCCGAGGCCAUCCCUGUCUUCAGCGAUCUUGUCAGCUUGGUCAGCGCAUUGUUUGCUAGUUGGUUUUCAUUCGGUCUGCCCGGUGUCUUCUGGCUGUACAUGUACUGGGGCAACUACUUCACCUCUGUCCGCAAAACGCUGCUUACCCUCGCCAACGUGGCAUUGUUUGGCAUUGGCGCCACCAUCUGUGUCUGUGGUCUCUGGGUCUCCGGACUCUCGAUCUCCAGUGACAGCUCUGGCAGCAGCUUCUCCUGCGCCAAUAAUGCCUAAUUCGGGUCAUGAGCUACUGCCUCCUCGUGACUGGGUUGUAUAUAUGUAUAGACUUGUAUUAUAGAUAGACUUUUAUUUAAUAUACC